GAAUGAAUGUUAAAAUUGAAGCAAACAUUUAAAAAAACCCUCCCCUCUUUUUUCCAUUCAACCAAACAACGCGCAACAGCGCUCGCGGCUGCUACUCCCCUGUGACUGCGAUUCAGCGUCUGUCCCCUUUUAACGUAAUCGCUAUUCUUCUAGCUCAGCAUGAGCACUUAAUGCUGCGUGCAAACACAAAAGAGUACUUAUAUUGCUGACCUGAUUGUCUCUCAGCUUGAAGAAUUCUAAGCUUCCAAUCAAUCAUUGUUUGCCUUGUUUUAAUUUGCGGGUAGUAGCUUCGUAAAAACACCUGCGUUAGGGUUUUUGACGGGCCAUGGCUGAUUUUCUCACCUCUACCCACCGGGCCAAGUGGAUCUUUUCUCCCCAGCAACUGGUUGAGAAAUAUAAAGCUGCUAACCAGAGGGCCAAGCAAAUCCUAGAGAAGUGUGGUGCAACUCUGAUGGACGUAGAUAUCGAUGGGACAUUGUCGUAUCCUGAACCCCAGUUGACUUCAAAGGAUAAUGCUGAAAAGCAUUCUCGAGUAAAACCUCUAAGUAUUGAAGAAGAACAAUGUAUAAAGGUAUUUUAUGAAAACAAGCUACAAGAAGUAUGCAACAAUUUCCACUUCCCUCAUAAAAUUCAGGCAACAGCCCUCAUCUAUUUUAAAAGGUUCUAUCUGCAAUGGUCGGUGAUGGAACAUCAACCAAAAAAUAUAAUGUUGACCUGUAUAUAUGCUGCUUGUAAGAUAGAAGAAAAUCAUGUAUCAGCUGAGGAGCUUGGAAAGGGGAUUUCACAGGAUCAUCAAAUGAUUCUCAAUAAUGAGAUGAUAGUCUAUCAGAGUUUGGAAUUUGAUCUUAUUGUUUAUGCACCAUAUCGAUCAGUUGAAGGUUUUAUGAAUGAUAUGGAGGAAUUUUGCAAUGCUGGUGACGCCCAGCUUCAAAUGCUCAAGACUUUGCAAGAUACAGCAAAGCUGGAAGUUGAUAAAAUGAUGCUUACAGAUGCACCGCUCUUAUUUCCUCCUGGGCAGUUGGCCUUGGCUGCAUUGCGCAACUCAAAUGCACUCCAUAAAGUUGUUGACUUUGAUAGUUAUCUGAGGAGCAUUUUUUCCCGUCAGAACUCCAUGCAUACGAUGUCUGAGCUUAUAGAAUCAUUCAAUGCAAUAGAUUCUUGGGUUAGAAAAUACAAAACUCCUUCAGAGAAGGAAUUAAAGCACAUCAAUAGGAAACUGAAGUCUUGUUGGGGUCAUGGGUCUCACGACGAGAGCAAGAAGCGCGAGAAGAAAUCAAAGCACAAGUCCAAAAAGAGCUCACAUGAAGCACAAAAUGUGCCAUCUCAUGUUUAGCUUUGUAUUCUUUUCAAAUGAGCCACUCAUCAUCUUAGAGUUUUGGAUGGGAAUUUUUGUUUUGUUUCUGUUCAUCCUCGUCUGGAUGCAGGAGUGUUAAUGACUGAUGAGCGAGGAAACUUUUGAGUUUUAUUCAGUGAUGUUCUGUCUGUUACUUCCCUUUUCUUAUUAUCCUCAAAUAGAAAUACUUAAUUGUGCAAAAACACUGAACAAAAUGGACACGAAGAAGUCCCGUGUUAUUUGUAAGAUGAAAUUUAGUCUCA